GCGAGGAGGCACCGAGGAGUGAGAGCCGAGUGCCGAACGGUCAGUAAACACCUCCGGAACCCACUCCGUGGCCACUGAGACAACGACGGGGGCUGACGUUAACCGUCCCGCGGACACCCGUAAGAUAUCCUCGGGGGUGUCGGUGCUCCUACCCCCCGGCUCGGUCGCUGUUGUUUUCGGCCUCGGGGGGAGAGUUCGUUAGCGUCAAGUUGGGAAAGCUCCGCUAGCUAGAGCUAGCCGCGAUCGCUUCUCUGGAUUGUUCUCGUGGACACUCAUGAACCCACAACAGCGACCAAAACACAUUUCUAAGGCAUUUUGUUUGUUUUCUCAUUUGGCGGCCCAGCAUGUGUAAACUGGAUUAAAAAAAAAAAAAACACAUUUGCGGUGGACUAGUGAGAGAGAGAAAAAAAAAAAAAGGGGGGCCAGGCGAGCCGGAGGCAGUUGGCCGUUAUGUAUUUUCUCACCGGCUGGCCACGGAGGCUCCUGUGCCCGCUGAGGAGCGCCGAGGAGCCCUUCCACAUCCAGCCCAGCUCGCAGCGCUUUUACUUCGCCCUGCUUUCCGAGACGCAGCUCAGCAUCUGGUUCAGUCGGCCCAGUGUUUUGAUUGCGAGCUACAUUGAGUCUGCCAAGGCGGUGGCACAGUUUGGAUUCUACCAGAAGGCCGAAUGGAAACCGGACGACUCCAUGAUAGCCGUGGCGACUGCCAAAGGCUACAUCCUCUUAUUCUCUGUACUGGGUGGCACGGACGACAAGUACCUCUACGAGGCAAUCUACCCAAAGGGCAGCCCCCGUGUGAAGGUGACCCCGGGUUAUAAGGAGGAGCAAUGUGCCCCUGCUUUGUCGCUGGAGAUAAGGAAGCCUGUCGAUCUGGAGGCCCCCAUCACCAGUCUCCAGUCCCUCCAGGAGGAGCUGCUGGUGUGCACAGCAGACGGCUACCUCCAUGUGCUGCACUGGGACGGCCUCGGCGGCAACGGACGCAAAGCUAUCUGCCUCACCACCAUCCCAUUCUCGCUCGACCUGCAGUCUGCUCGGGGAGGCCCGUCUCUGGACCUGGCGGGCAUUCAUAUCCGCUGCGUGGAGUAUUGCGAGACAUUGGAUGGCUUCGCUGUGGUGCUCAGCGACGGCCGUCUGGGCUUCAUCACGCCGCUCAGCAGCACCAUCACUGCGGAUCAGCUGCAGGGCGUCUGGGCCGCAGAUGUGAGCGAUGGCACCUGUGUGGCCGUUAACAACAAGUACAGACUGAUGGCGUUUGGCUGCGCCAGCGGCUCGGUGCUGGUCUACAUGAUCGACACUGCAACUGGAUCUAUGCAGCUCUCGCACAAAUUGGAGCUCACCCCAAAACACUACCCAGACAUCUACAACAAGACUGGUCCGGUGAAGCUCAUCUGCUGGUCGCCUGACUACGGCGUCGCCAUGGUGACGUGGGAGUGUGGUGGCCUAUCGCUUUGGAGCGUCUUUGGCGCUCAGCUCAUCUGCACGCUGGGAGAGGAUUUUGCGUAUCGCUCUGAUGGGACCAAAAAGGAUCCCCUUAAAAUCACCUCCAUGAGCUGGGGAGCAGAGGGCUACCACCUGUGGGUGCUGCCCACCAAGCAGUCUAGGAGGAGGACAAAGGAGGAGCAGCAAGAGGCGGAGAUGGCCGCACCUCCCCCGUCUUCCCCGCAGGCCGGCAUACUGCAGUUCCACUUCAUCAAGAGCGCCCUCACUGUCAACCCCUGCACGAGUAACCAGGAGCAGGUGCUGUUGCACGGUGAGGACCGCCUCUACCUGACGUGCGGCGACCCGGCGCAGGCCCAUAGCAGCUCUGACACGCAGCAGCAGCACAAGCGCUUGAACCUGCAUAACGACAGCCCCCUGCACCAUCACCACCACCUCCACCACCACCUCAACUCCCCCCUAUCUCAGGGACUCAGCACUUUACUGGGGCACAAGCACUGGCAUGUGGUCCAGAUUCAUAGCACAUACUUAGAGAGCAACUGGCCUAUACGGUUUGCAGCCAUAGACACAGCAGGGCAGUGCAUGGCUGUAGCAGGAAGGCGAGGCUUUGCACACUACUCCUUGUACACCAGGAAAUGGAAACUAUUUGGAAACAUCACUCAGGAGCAGAACAUGACUGUAACAGGCGGUCUGGCUUGGUGGAACGACUUUGUGGUGGUGGCCUGUUACAAUUUCAUAGACCAGCAAGAACAGCUGAGGCUGUAUCAGCGCUCAUCCAACCUGGAUAACGCCUUUGCGUCAGUCACCAAGCUGCACUCUGACACACUGCUGCUGAACGUUUUCCGGGACAUGGUCAUCCUGUUCAGAACCGACUGCUCCAUCUGCCUCUACAGCAUCGAGAGGAGGACCGACAGUCCAAACCCGUCUGUCAGUGUGGAGCUGCUGCAGGAAGUGUCCAUGUCCCGCUACAUCCCUCACCCCGCCCUGGUGGUGUCCGUCACGCUCACCUCGGUACGCACGGAGACGGGCAUCACGCUGAAAGCCCCGCAGCAGGCCUGCAUGGCAGAGAGCAUCAUGUUGAAUCUGGCCGGCCAGCUGAUCAUGCUCCAAAGGGACCGCUCAGGGCCGCAGGUACGAGAGAAGGAGACGCCCACCAACAACAAGAAGCUGCUUCCAUUCUGCCCGCCAGUGGUGCUGGCCCAGUGUGUCGAGAACGUGUGGACCACCUGUCGUUCGGACAGGAAGAAGCGCCACCUGCUGGAGGCCCUGUGGCUCUCUUGCGGCGAAGCGGGCAUGAAGGUGUGGAUGCCACUGUUCCCACGGGACCACCGCAAGCCCCACUCUUUCCUGUCGCGGCGUAUCAUGCUUCCCUUCCACAUCAACAUCUACCCGCUGGCCGUGCUGUUCGAGGACGCUCUCGUGCUGGGUGCCACCAAUGAGACGGUGCUGUACGACGGGCUGCAGGGGUCCUCCGAGCCCCUGGAGGCGCUGUUUCCUUUCUGCACCGUGGAGAGGACCUCCCAGAUCUACCUGCACCACAUCCUCAGGCAGCUGCUGGUUCGCAACCUGGGUGAACAGGCAUUGAUGCUGGCUCAAUCGUGCGCCUCCCUGCCGUACUUCCCUCACGUCAUGGAGCUGAUGGUGCACGUGGUGCUGGAGGAGGAGGCCACGUCACGGGAGCCCAUCCCCGAUCCGUUGCUGCCCACCGUGGCCAAGUUCAUCACAGAGUUCCCGCUCUUCCUCCAGACCAUCGUGCACUGCGCACGCAAGACUGAAUACGCCCUGUGGAACUACCUAUUCGCCGCCGUGGGGAAUCCCAAGGAUCUAUUUGAAGAGUGCCUCAUGGCUCAAGAUCUGGACACGGCCGCCUCCUACUUGAUCAUACUGCAGAACAUGGAGGUUCCGGCCGUCAGCAGGCAACACGCCACCCUGCUUUUCAAUACGGCGCUGGAGCAGGGCAAGUGGGACCUCUGCCGUCAUAUGAUCCGCUUUCUGAAAGCCAUCGGCUCGGGGGAGACAGAGACGCCGCCGCCAACGCCCACCACACAGGAGCCCAGCUCAACCGGCGGCUUCGAGUUCUUCCGAAAUCGCAGUAUCAGUUUGUCCCAGUCUGCGGAUUCGGUGAGCACGGGCAAGUUCGGCUUACAGAAGACCUUCAGCAUGCCUGCCGGCCCCUCGAGUAAAGGGCGGGACGGCGAGUGCGCCGAGAACAUGUACAUCGACAUUAUGCUGUGGCGCCACGCCCGCCACCUCCUAGAGCAGGUGCGCCUCCGCGACCUGGGCUGCUUCUCUGCUCAGCUGGGUUUCGAGCUCAUCGGUUGGCUGUGCCGAGAGCGGAACCGCGUGGCCCGCGUGGACGACUACGUCUCGGCACUUAAGAGACUCCACAAGGACUUCCUGUGGCCGUUCCCGGUCGUUCCCGUGGCAAACCUCAGCUCGCCGCUGAAGAACGGACGCUGUCGCCCUGUGCUGAGCGCGCGGCUCCUCAAGUCCCAGUCGGCCGACAGCGUGCUGAACAGCGAAAUGGACACGGCGCCCCCUCCCGUGGCUCCCGCAAACCAAGCCUGGAUGGACGGCCUCAGCCAAAGCAGCAAAGACAUGGACGCCGCCGCCGCCAUCGCAUCCAACCAACACUCGCCGCAGACGCAUGACGCCUUCCUGUCGCUGCUCACCAACAAAGUGGAGGAGUACAGCAUGGGCUCUGCCACGGACCUGACUGAGAGCAGCUCGGUGGUGGACGGCGAUUGGACCAUGGUCGACGAGAACUCGUCCACGCUGAGCCUGAGCCAGGCCGAGUUGGAGCACAUCUCCAUGGAGCUGGCCAACAAAGGGCCGCACAAGUCGCAGGUGCAGCUCAGGUACCUACUGCACGUCUUCAUGGAGGCGGGUUGCCUGGAGUGGUGCGUCAUCAUCGGGUUGAUCCUGCGUGACGCCAACGUUAUCAAGCAGACGAUCGGAUUUUUGGCCAAUCCCGAAGUUCCCGUAGAAACCGUGCAGAGCGUACGGAGUGGAUUAUUGGCUGUGGACGCCUGGACCUCCACUGACUGCCUGGGCUACAAAGCGUUCCUUGGCCUGAUCCAGCCUCACCUGCAGCAGCUGAUGGCGUCUGCGGCGGCCGCGCAGGUGCAGCCCGAGGCCUUCCAGCCGUCCGCCGGCCAGAGCGCCAAACUCGGCGCCGGCGAGGGCCCGGGGGGCGUGGCCUCGGCCCGGCCCGAGGACGGCGCGGCCGCCGCCCCCUUGGGACUACUGACGCUACCCUCGAUCGAGCCCAAACCGGUCGCCGAGGACCGGGCCCCCGAUCAGGCGGAGGAGCGCGGAGAGGAGGAGGGCGCCUACGACUGCACCUUGUCCUGAUCCCAUUUGAGCUUCUUGCUACACUCAGUAUUAUCAAACCCCCUUUGCAUUGGAGGUGAAUUCCUUUCCGACGGUUUCUUUUUUCUUUUUUUGCCCCCCAAGACUAUAAAAAGUGCCGUCGGAGGGUGGGGAACACGCACAACCAACAAAAAGUGACGUUUCAUACUUUCAUACCUCAUAACGGUUUUUAACAUAUUAUUUUUCCAAGGAUGUUAUUUUUCUACGCAACCAAAUCACGAUCUAUGGAUUCUUACAUAUCUAUAUAUUAAAAAAAAAAGAAAACAAGAUUUCUACAGGAAGAAAAAAAAAAAAAAAAAAGAUCCGCUCAUCAUCA